AUGUCUGGUUUAGCUUAUUUUUUUAAACCGAAAAUAAGUGUCACAGAUUCGGCAUCGCCUUCAGCAGCAGAGAAACGUUCUGGCCGACGUUCGAAAGCAAGCAAAUCGUCAGAAACACCAGCUACCACUGAGACGCCUGUCGAAUCAAUGGAAACUGAAGAAAACAUUCCAGAAAUCAAUGAUAACCACGAAGAAGCACCACCUCCGCCUCCACCAGAGCCACAGCAAACGGAGAAUCCUCCGACAGCAACGCCAAAAAUCAAGCUAAAGUUCAAUUUUCGAUCUCAAUCCAUUCAUGAUGCAUCGGAGAGUCCAAUUAUAACCAAUGUCACUAAUGAAACAAAUGAUCUAUCUGAUGACGAAUCAUCAGACGACGAUACCCGGUUAAAAAUUGACGAUGAUCAAGGGAAUUUCGAAGAGCAAGAUUCACCAUUACCAUUGCAACACGAAGAAGAGAUACCUAUGGCAAUAGUUUCACCAUCGAAGAAGAAAUCUCAGUCGUCUCGUAAGAAAGUGAUUAGUCAUUUAAUUGGAACAACAGCCAAUACAUUGUCAUUUGAUGAACCAAGUCCAAUAAAAAUUCCUUUGAAUGAUUCACAAUUCAGCGAGAUCAAACAGACAAAAUCUGGCCGAACGAUUAAAUACACACCUUACUUCAAAGAACUUGUUCAAGGCGCAACUAUUUCUCCGCCGACAUCACCGGUUCAUUCGUCAGUACCAGCGAAACGUCCAUCCUCCUACUCUAAAAAGAAACAAUCAUCGAUCAAAGCUGAUUUGGAUGCUAUCAAAAAUGGCGGUUUACCAGGAACGAUUAAUACUAAAGGAAGAAAAUCAGCGGGAUCACCCAAAGCAAAAAAACAAAUAAGUUCACCCGUGAAGCGCACUGGUCAAGGGCGAAAAUCGACUACGCCAAAGCAAGCUACCGCUGCAAAAUUGAAACGAAUUUCGAAUCAAACACCUGCGGAUAACCAAGUCGAAAAUGACGGUGACGAUGAUGACAAUGAUGAUGAAAUUCAUCAAUCUGAACGGCUGAGUGAUGAUGAAGAAUUUCAUCAUGAAGGUCAAACAUCGGAAGACGAAGAUGAAGGUGAACGCGGUCUCGAUGCUGAAGAAGAACAGACAUCCGAAGCUGAAACCGAUGAAGAAGAAUGGACAACAGGCAAUACCAAGCAAGAGCACGAUCGGACAUUUGGACUCACAGCAACGCUUGGCUCUGUAUCUAGGGAAAUGUUUGACGGAUUUUGUCUGUGGUCAAUGAGAUACCGCGCCCGUCAUCGGGCAACGGCACUCGAUGAUAAACGUCUUCAUCGUACGUGGAAAAAAAUGAGCGCACACGAUCGUCAACGUUGGUGUUUAAAAGCUGAAAAAGAGAACUAUCAUUAUCCAAUUACGGCUGAACUUUUGAAAGCUUCGACAAGCGUGGAAUCAUCAGCGACAACACCGAAGCAAGCAAAACCAGCGAAACGAAAAAAAGGUACGGAUGAUCAUCCUCCAAUACUUCUACAGAAAACGUUGAACCAAUAUUCGAAACAACAACCAUCGCUAUCAUCAAUUCGACCACCUAAUGCGUUUGUUAAACCACCAACUGUCAUUACGCCGCCUAAGAACUAUGAUAUUGUUGAUAUCGCUGCUGGAAUCUAUUUACUUGGUGAAUCAUUAACCAAAAUGGGUGAGAAAGUUCGACAACUGAGUCAUCUGAAUCCUCGUGGUACAUCGGCAGCAACGUCUAUCGAUAAUCUUGCUGCCAUUCUCUUUGAUGGAACAUUAUGUGCAUGCAAUCUAAUGGCUUGUCUUGCAAAUGAAGUGACAACAACAAAUCCAUCAACAGCUAAAUCAGAUCCAUUGACGAACAAGCUGAUGGAAAAUGUUGGCAUUAUCUUACCUGGACUAAAUUAA